AUGGUAGAUGUUGACGUCGAUCCAAACCGACCUCACCGUGUUCUUGCGGUCGCCAUUCUCUUCCUGCGCUUGACUCCCGUUGCGGUUGCGCUGCGCCUCUACUCGAAGGUGUUCAUCACGCGAGCUUUUUCCUCCGACGACAAGGUCCUGUGCUUGCUCCAGGUCGUAUUCACCACGUUCCUGAUCACGGAGAUCUUGGGGGUCGUUUACGGCACGGGCCGUGAUGCAACAGAAAUCCCACGAGCAGACAGACGGACAGCUCUUCAGUAUUUUUUCGCCGGCGAACUCCUAUACCUCCUGACGACCAUACUACUCAAAGUCUGCGUCGGCAUACUCCUCCUCCGCAUCGCAAUCGUCCCGACGCACAUCUGGAUCCUGCGUAUACUCCUCCUCUCGACGCUCGUUUUCGGUGCUCUGUACCUAUUCCUCAUCGCCUUCCAAUGCAGACCGGUGCACACAUUCUGGGACCAAGGACCACGCACACCGGGCCACUGCUUUGGAAGAAACAUCGUGCUGGGCACCACCUUCACGGCGGCAUCGCUUAACUGCGUCGCAGACUGGACGUUCGGGAUUCUGUCGCUAUUCAUAGUCUGGUCUCUGGAUCUCCGACUCAAAACCAAAGUCCUGGUUAUACUUCUGUUAGGCUUCGCGUCCAUAGUAAGUAUCGCCACGAUUAUCAGGGCGGUAACAGUACCCUCGGUUCUGAGCGAGGAAAACUUUCUUCGCGACACUGCAUACUUCGCCAUCUGGAGCACCGUCGAGCCCGGAAUCGGCAUCACCGCCGCCUGCGCGCCGAGCCUCACCCCUCUCGUGAGGCACUUGUGUGGGAAAGGAAAACAAGAGGACGAUAGAGGUCCUUGGAGAACGAGAUCUCUCCCGAACAUCAGCGUAACGAACGAAACGAUGCCGAAAAAGUUUUUCACGAGCUCCCUGUCGAGGAGCGAGUCGCCGGCAGCGAUGGAGAUGCCUCGGCUGCGUUUCGACGACUUCACCUACGAAUCACGAAUAUCAGGACCGGACUCACAGCCGCCAAGACCGGGUCCGCCACGAAAUCGAUCCUCCUGGGCCUUCCCACUGCGGUCAGGCUCGGGUUCAUCCUCGUCAUCUGCGCCCGGAUUGGAGCCGUGCGCCAACACGAACCCGGGGAAAUCAGCAUCUGCCGGGGGGAUGUUGUCGGAGCCACCGUCUUCGGGAAUCAUGAAGACGAUGGAGAUCGAGUUGUCCUACGAAGAGAGGCGGUGGACGACGAGGCACGAGAGGCUGAUGCCGCGGGACGAGUGCAUGAACCUGAGGCCGCAGUCUCUCGCGGUCAUCAGGAGAUUGACGAGCGGGGAGGUGCCCCUCCUGCCUGGCGGCAACAUAUCACCCGUGUCUGCGGAUUUCGAUAUCGAGGCGGGGUUUCCGUCGGCCACCUUCAGGCACUCUUCACCUCCCGAGGCGAGUUGGGAGUGGCCGGAAAGCAGUCAAGCUAUCUUGCGCGCAGAGGAGGGAAUGGGAACGUCUUCACUACAUGUAGGCCUAAGCAACCCAGUUCGAGGGGAAAAUGGGCAGAUCGGGGACUCAUAG